AGAUGAAUUUACAAUUUAUUGUUUGGAUUGGACUGAUCAGUUCAGCUUGCUGUGUGUUUGGCCAAACAGAUAAAAAUAGAUGUUUAAAAGCAAAUGCCAAGUCAUGUGGAGAAUGUAUACAAGCAGGGCCAAAUUGUGGAUGGUGCACAAAUUCAACGUUUCUACAAGAAGGAAUGCCUACUUCUGCACGAUGUGAUGAUUUAGAAGCCUUAAAAAAGAAAGGAUGCCAUCCAGAUGACAUAGAAAAUCCCAGAGGUUCCAAAAAUAUAAAGAAAAAUAAAAAUGUCACCAACCGGAGCAAAGGAACAGCAGAGAAGCUCCAGCCGGAAGACAUUACGCAGAUCCAACCACAGCAGUUGGAUCUGCAUUUACGAUCAGGGGAGCCACAGACAUUUACAUUAAAAUUCAAGAGGGCUGAAGACUAUCCCAUUGAUCUCUACUACCUUAUGGACCUUUCUUACUCCAUGAAAGAUGAUCUGGAGAAUGUAAAAAAUCUUGGAACAGAUCUGAUGAAUGAAAUGAGGAGGAUCACUUCAGACUUCCGGAUUGGUUUUGGCUCAUUUGUGGAGAAAACUGUGAUGCCUUAUAUUAGUACAACACCAGCAAAGCUCAGGAAUCCUUGCACAAGUGAACAGAACUGCACUAGCCCAUUUAGCUACAAAAAUGUUCUCAGCCUCACUGAUAAAGGAGAGGUAUUUAACAAGCUUGUUGGGAAACAGCGCAUAUCUGGAAACUUGGACUCUCCUGAGGGUGGAUUUGAUGCCAUCAUGCAGGUUGCUGUGUGUGGAUCACUGAUUGGCUGGAGGAACGUCACCCGGCUGCUGGUGUUUUCCACGGAUGCCGGCUUUCACUUUGCUGGUGAUGGGAAGCUUGGUGGCAUUGUUUUACCAAACGAUGGACGGUGUCAUCUGGAAAAUAAUGUCUACACAAUGAGCCAUUACUAUGAUUAUCCGUCUAUUGCUCACCUUGUCCAGAAACUCAGCGAAAAUAAUAUUCAGACAAUUUUUGCAGUUACUGAAGAAUUUCAACCUGUUUAUAAGGAACUAAAAAAUUUGAUCCCUAAGUCAGCAGUGGGAACAUUAUCUGGUAAUUCUAGCAAUGUAAUUCAGUUGAUCAUUGAUGCCUACAAUUCCCUUUCCUCAGAAGUCAUUUUGGAAAACAGCAAAUUGCCAGAAGGAGUAAUGAUAAAUUACAAAUCCUACUGCAAGAAUGGGGUGAAUGGAACAGGGGAAAAUGGAAGAAAGUGUUCCAAUAUCUCCAUAGGAGAUGAGGUUCAAUUUGAAAUAAGCAUAACUGCAAACAAAUGUCCAGAAAAAGUUUCUGGAAACAGUAAGAAUUCUGAAACCAUUAAAAUUAAGCCUCUGGGCUUUACUGAAGAAGUAGAGAUUAUUCUUCACUUCAUCUGUGAAUGUGAAUGCCAAAAUGAAGGCAUUCCUGAAAGUCCCAAGUGCCAUGAAGGGAAUGGGACAUUUGAGUGUGGAGCUUGUAGGUGUAAUGAGGGUCGUGUUGGCAGACAUUGUGAAUGCAGUACAGAUGAAGUUAACAGUGAAGACAUGGAUGCUUACUGCAGGAAAGAGAACAGCUCAGAAAUCUGUAGUAACAAUGGAGAAUGUGUCUGUGGACAAUGUGUGUGUCGGAAGAGGGAUAAUACAAACGAAAUUUAUUCUGGCAAAUUCUGCGAGUGUGAUAAUUUCAACUGUGAUAGAUCCAAUGGCUUAAUCUGUGGAGGAAAUGGAAUUUGUAGGUGUCGUGUGUGUGAGUGCUACCCCAACUACACUGGGAGCGCAUGUGACUGCUCUUUGGAUACUGGUCCAUGCACUGCAGUAAAUGGACAGAUCUGUAAUGGCCGGGGCAUCUGUGAGUGUGGUGUCUGCAAGUGUACAGACCCAAAGUUUCAAGGUCAAACUUGUGAGACGUGUCAGACCUGCCUUGGUGUUUGUGCUGAGCAUAAAGAAUGUGUUCAGUGCAGAGCCUUCAAUAAAGGAGAAAAGAAAGACACGUGUGCACAGGAAUGUUCACAUUUCAACCUGACUAAGGUAGAAAAUCGGGACAAGUUGCCCCAGCCUGUCCAGGUGUAUCCUGUGACCCACUGUAAGGAGAAGGAUGUGGAUGACUGCUGGUUCUACUUUACCUACUCAGUGAACGAGAAUAAUGAAGCCAUUGUUCAUGUUGUGGAGACUCCAGAUUGCCCCACUGGUCCAGACAUCAUUCCAAUCGUAGCUGGUGUGGUUGCUGGAAUUGUGCUGAUUGGCCUUGCCUUACUGCUGAUUUGGAAGCUUUUAAUGAUAAUUCAUGACAGACGGGAAUUUGCUAAAUUUGAAAAGGAGAAAAUGAAUGCUAAAUGGGACACGGGUGAAAAUCCUAUUUACAAGAGUGCUGUGACAACUGUGGUCAAUCCGAAGUACGAGGGAAAAUGAGUCCUACCUGUCAGAUUUCAUAACACUGAAUGCAAAGUAGCAAUUUUCGUAGUCACAGUAAGGUAGCUUUAGGGCACUGUUGCCAUGGUUUUAUUCAUAUGCAGGUUUUGAAAAUGUAUAAUAUGUAUAAUUUUAAUUUUUUUUUUAAUUUUGAAAAUGAUGUGUUAAAAUCCAUACCAGGGACUGACAAAGACUUGAGACAGGAUUGUUAUCCUUGUCAGCUAAGGUCACAGUGUGCCUUUUUGACCUCUUCUUCCUGGAUGGUGAAAUCCAACUACCAUUGGAUUACUGACAUUUCUAGCAUGAUGGAAAGGCCAAGAGUUGAAGGAGCACCAUAAGUUUCUGCUAAUAGGAUGUAUGAUUAGCCUCUCCUAAUGAUGCAUUAAGACUGAUUUUCAUAUUUUCAGAUAUGCCAGUUUUCAAUUACACCAAAUUGGAAGUACAAGUCCUGUUAGCUAGUGUUGGCUUGUUUUCAAUCUAUUCCACUAACUGCCUAUUUGGACAUGACUGAUUGACAUAGCUGAAACACAGUAUGUUAAGAAUUUUUGGUAAAAUAACUAUUAAUAGUUGAUGUACAAAAAGCCAUAGGAAGAAAUCAGAGUUAGGAAGGAAAAACAGAUAGCUUUAAAACCUGUGUGCCAUUUUAAGAGUUACUUAAUCUUGGUAACUUUUAUGCCUUCUUUUUUAUAAAUUCAAACCUUGGAUAAAAAUCCUGGGAAUUUUUCUGCUCGAGUACUUGAUUUAGCACUAUUUACAUUAAGGCCAUAACUUAUAUAGCAUUUGCUGACUGUGGGGACCUUUUAGAUUUUUUUAUUUUUUAGUUUAAUUUGGUGCUUUUAAUCACCUCUCCUAAUCUUCAAAUGUAUCUGUUUGCAAUUUAGGGGUAAGCCUUUUUUUUUUUUUUAUCAGUACUUUCUCUUUGAAGUUUUAGCUGUAAUUUUGCGUUUUCAUGAAGAUGUGAAGUUGAACAUAUGAUGCUGCUUAUCCAGCAGCAAUCACCUAGGCAAGUCUUACCUUCAGCUGUGCUGCAGCAGACUGCCAUGCUUCCCACUCACUCUGCCAAUUGCUGGUCUGUUUCUUAUUGUUCAUGUUCUCGUUUUAAGUGCCUUUUAAUUUUAACUCACUUUUUACAACGCUAUUUACUGAAGUUAUUUAUUAAAUAAAAUGGCUAAAAUACUUUAAUUGGA